UCGGACGAAGACGACUAUGUUCCGCUCGCACAAGUUACCAAGAAGGGCAAAACUCCGAGCAAAGCCACCAAGUCCAAUUGCAAGGAGACGUAUACCAUCAAACAGGAGCUUAGGCCACCUCGCAAUACACAGUAUUCGGCCAGGUCGCUUUAUGAGCAAAUCCUCGAGAGCUCCAUUGAUCUGGAUCCUGAUUAUCAACGAGAUGUUGUGUGGCCCGAGACAAAGCAGAUCGGCUUGAUAGAUUCCAUCUUUCGAAAUUACUACAUACCUCCCGUCAUCUUCUGUGAUACAACCGAUGACGGGACGGAGACCCGUACAUGCAUUGACGGCAAGCAACGACUAACAUCCAUACAAAAGGUGACUGGCAAGAAGUACUGGUAUAAACAGGCCGGUGCCACGAAACGAAUGUGUCUCCCAAAGAGCAUACGGCAGGCAUUUGCCAAUAAACAGAUUGUUUGCGUUGAAUACGACAAUAUUCCCGAUGACCAAGAGCGAGAAAUAUUCCAGCGAGUUCAACUUGGCGUAGCCUUGACACCUGCAGGCGAGUCUCUGAUACUUUCCAUCCCCUAUACUCAACGAAUGUCCGCUAUAACGGGGCCGUGGCCCACCUUUAUCAGGGAAAUUCAAUCUGAAGUUCUAGGUGAAGAAGGUUUCGGCGCGUCCCUUGACUGGGGUCAAACCCGAGGACGGGAUUUUCAAGGCUUGGUGUCCAUCGUCUUCAUGAUCGAGAAGCUACCGGCAUUUGCCACCCCCGUUUCUCCGGCGCUCGACAAAUGGUUGCAGCGCACCACCGCCGUGCCGGCACAGCUCCGCAAAGAGGUGCUGGACACCUUCCGGAUCUUCAUGACUCUGACGAAAGACAAAAAGUACAAUGCGCCGUUCCACAAGCCGAGCCGGAUCUCCCCUAUCGAGUUCGUGAUGAUCGGUGUCCUCAUAUACUCCCACCGGACAAAUCUGUCGUACACGCAGCUCUCAUCCGCGGUCGAGCAGAUGAGGGCCGAUGUGCGCGCGAGGGAGAAGGACGUCCGUACCAACACGCGUGUCACCAAGUCUCUCUUUCAGUUCAUC